AUGUCAAUAUCUGCGUUGCCGCCAUCUUCAGCGCACCUCCUACGGUCUUCAUCCUCGCUUCCAGACCCCCUCUCCAUGGUCAAGGAGCUUGUUGAUAAUAGUAUUGACGCGGGUGCUACAUCUAUCGAAAUCACGGUUGCUCCCAACACCGUCGACAAAGUUCAAGUCCGAGACAAUGGUUGUGGGAUACGGGUGGACGACUUCAAGUCACUGGGGCGUCGGUCUCAUACGAGCAAGCUCCGAAACUUCGACGAACUUCAUUUGAAAGCAGGAGAGACACUUGGUUUUCGUGGCGAGGCUCUUGCUAGUGCCAAUUAUCUGGCUACGAUCAAAAUCACAACUCGAACAGCCCAGGAUCCCAUUGCAUCACUACUUCUCUUAAACACAAAAUCAGGCGGAAUUAGCAGCCAACAGCCUGUUUCCGCUCCUGUCGGAACAACCGUCCAAGCUUUGAAUUUGUUUCAAAACCUUCCUGUCCGGAAACAAAAUGCUAUCAAAGUGAGCCGAAAGACCCUAGCAGAUAUCAGACGACUCCUAGAGGGUUAUGCGAUCGCAUUUCCACACAUCAGACUAUCAUUCAAAGUACCUGGUAGUUCAAUCCAGCCGUGGCUUUACACACCAUGCUCAACACCAAGCACGCGAGAGGCUAUCACACAAGUGUUUGGUCACACUCUUACAAGUCAGCUCGUGGCGGUGUCAUCAGACUCUUACGCUGGAACAACCUCAACCGAAGUACAGUCCAAAAAUCUGAAAAUUGUAGCCUCCUUACCCAAGCCUGACCCCGAUGCCAAUAUCAUCAAGGGGAAGGGAGCUUUCAUCUCGGUCGACUCACGACCUAUUUCAUCAUCCAGAGGCACGGGAAAGAAGCUAGUUUCUAUUUUCAGAUCGAGUGUUUCCGCAGUUCUAAACUCACCCGAGAAAUCACGAGCACCCUCCAACGCAUUUAUGCAACUCAGCAUUCAGUGUUCACCUGGAUCGUAUGACCCCAAUAUAACACCCUCGAAAGAUGAACUUCUUUUCGUGGAUGAACCAGCCGUCCUUAGCUGUUUCCAGAAGCUCUGCGAUUCUGUUUACAAGAAGAAGGUUUUGGGUGACAACGAACCUCAACACAAGCUGGUGGCGUUGGAGAAUAGCCUAUCACCUCUGCCAUGGGCUUCGAAGACGGUUGAGACACGGCUAAGAGACGGAGCACGUCUCGAUAGCAUAGAAAAAGAGCCCUUGUUGACCAACCAAGAACUUGUCGCUUCUUUGAACGAUGAGCCUGAGAGAGUUACUGGUGGUACUGACGUAUCUGGAAGUGGCGAAAGGGGUUCUCGCGCCGCUUCCACUGUUCCCACUUCACCCAAGAAAACCUCACGAUCGGGAAACCUGGAUGGGACAAGGAGUCCUAAGAAAGCCCCAGCAGUUUGGGAUAUGAUGAGGACACGAUUAACAGUCAAUCUUUCACGAAGGGAAACCGCUUCGACCGACCUGGACGGCACAGAAGAACUAGUUCCUGUGCAUGUUACACCUCGACGGGCUGGCACUCCUCUUGUCCGAGAUGGAUUGCAAUCAAACCCUCAACGUCGAGGAUUGGCUUCACACCGUCAUUUCGGUAACAUUGAUGACUAUUUUCGCCCAUCAAGGGAUGAGCCGAUCCAAAUCCCAACAGACGAGACUGCCACGCCCGAAAUCCCUCACACGAGGAGUUAUUUGACGAGUGCCUCUCAUCGUCGGCGCCUUCCGCUGAAGGAGCUGUCAGAAUCACUCCUCAACCUAUUCCGAGAAUACGAGGAAGAAGACUACGAAGACGAAAGUGAUGAUGAGUCCACAUCCGACCUUCCAUUUGCUGGGCCAUAUGCCGUUCCAUCUCCUCACACAUCUCCACGUCGUGAGAUUCCUUUCCUAAGCCAGCCUUUCAGGCCUCUCUUGGGACAGCAGUCAAUCCGCAAUGCAAUGCCAGACUUGCAAUUAACACUGCCGGCAAAUCUGCAAACACCGCCAUCAUCAGAUCCUACUGGUGCCGGUAACCCAACCCGUCGUGAUUCUCGUCGACAAUCCACCAACAAUAUCUCGGCCAGAGCCCAGAGGUCUUCUCGAGGUAGUCUGAUACCUUCAGUCAACGGGCGAAGCAGUGAUGGGUUAAGACAAAGCCGCUUGCUCCCUGGAAGUGGUCCCACAGCAUCCAAUGGCCGACGUCGAUCGGACCAAGUUUGCCCUGGAGAAUUCUCCUCUCAGGCCUAUGCGCAAUCUUGGUUGUCCGAUCAAGUACCACACAAUCAUGUAACCCCUCAAGGAGGCACGGAGGAUUCUGAACGAAGUCAACUCCAAAGGCACAAGCCGUGGUCGCACUCUCUACAGGUUUUACUUCAGAGAACACCACCGCCACAAGCCACAUGGUCGGACGAAGAAGCUGCUGGUGGAUACAGCCCAGCACCGCUAGAUCAUAUUCAUGCCCAGCACAAAGGGGGAUUCGACUCGAAAUCAUUCAAGAGACAGCGACGCGAUUCAAGCGCUUCAAGCGUUUCAAUUUCAGAAAGCGUGGGGUUGGAUUCUAGACGCCUUCUCAUGAAGCGACAGCGCAUCCGUGCAAACGGGGGGAGAUUGAGACGCAUUGCGUCGACAAAACUUCCACUUGAAACAAUAUCACCAAACGAUUCCACGCUGAAUCUCUCAGUCAAGAUCGAGGUUCGAAUGUGCGAGCUACAAGCUGCUACUCUUGAGUUCGUGAACUCUGGUCGAGCCACGAAGCCAGGCCUGGCCCUACAGUUCAGGAACAUGGAUGAGGUUGAAGAGGUUGACAGGCGAUUGAGACGAGUUACAGAGUCGUGGCUGAAAGGAAACCCAUCUAUCACGGUGGAGUACACCCUUCGAUCUGAAGUGAAGGGUAAAUCGAAGGCGUAA